AGAUAUCUCCGAAUCCUUUGGAGUGUACCAUGCUCUUUUCUUGGAGAGGAGGCCCAGGGGCCAAACGUCUGCUAGUCUUGCUUCUGAUCCUCUCUGCCUGGGAAGUGGGAAGCAGCCAGCUCCAUUACUCGGUCCUGGAGGAGGCCAAACACGGCACCUUCGUGGGACGCAUCGCAAGUGAUUUGGGGCUGGAGCUGGAGGACCUGGUGCCCCGCCUGUUCCGGGUGGCGUCCAAGGGCCGCGCGGACCUUCUGGAGGUAAAUCUGCAGAAUGGCAUUUUGUUUGUGAAUUCUCGGAUCGACCGGGAGGAGCUGUGCGGGCGGAGCGCGGAGUGUAACAUCCACCUGGAGGUGAUCGUGGAGCGGCCGCUGCAGGUUUUCCAUGUGGACGUGGAGGUGAAGGACAUUAACGACAACCCCCCGGUGUUCCCUGAAAGUAAGAAGAGAAUAACCAUUGCAGAAUCUAGACCUCCGGAAAGUAGAUUUCCACUAGAUGGCGCAUCUGAUGCAGAUAUUGGAGUAAACGCCGCCUUGAUUUACCGUCUUGAUCCCAACGAUUAUUUCGCUUUGGAUACACAAAACAAUCGUGAGCAAACGUCCUCUUUAUCGCUUGUGUUGAGGAAAGCACUGGACAGAGAGGAGAUAAAGGAACAUAGUUUAUUACUGACAGCCAGCGAUGGAGGUAAACCUGAACUGACUGGCACAGUUCAGCUGCUGAUCAAUAUUCUGGAUGUGAAUGACAACGCCCCAGAGUUUGACCAUCUCCUUUAUAAAGUGAGAGUGUUAGAAAACGCACUUAAUGGAACAUUAGUGAUCAAACUAAAUGCCACAGAUCCUGAUGAAGGCACAAAUGGAGACAUAGUCUACUCAUUUAGAAAGCCAGUAUCGCCUGCAGUAGCCUAUGCAUUUAUCAUAAAUCCCAACAGUGGAGAAAUUAAGACAAAAGGCCUACUGGAUUUCGAGGAAAAGAAAUUGUAUGAGAUACCCGUGGAGGCAGUGGACAAAGGAAAUAUUCCAAUGGCAGGUCACUGUACCCUUUUGGUGGAAGUACUAGAUAUAAAUGAUAAUGCCCCAGAGGUUACCAUCACUUCUUUGUCACUCCCUGUCAGAGAAGACACUCAGAUUAACGCCGUUGUGGCCUUGAUCAGUGUGUCCGAUCGUGACUCCGGCAUCAACGGGCAGGUGACCUGCUCCCUGACUCCCCACGUCCCCUUCAAGCUGGUGGCCACCUACAAGAAUUACUACUCGCUGGUGCUGGACAGCGCCCUGGACAGAGAGAGCAUUUCUGGCUACACCGUGGUGGUGACAGCGCGGGACGGGGGCUCGCCUUCGCUCUGGGCCACCGCCAGCGUGUCGGUGGAGGUGGCCGACGUGAACGACAACGCGCCGCUGUUCGCGCAGCCCGAGUACACGGUGUUCGUGAAGGAGAACAAACCGCCG